AUGGCACUCUCGACAACCAUGUACGACGCACUGAUCGUUGGCUCCGGUCCCGCGGGUCUCUCUGUGGCCUUGGGACUGAGUCGCACGCAUCGGCGAGCCGCCGUCUUCACCAAGCCUGAUGGAGCAGGGUUUCGGAAUGAAGGCGCUGCUGAGAUGCACAAUGUCAUUUCGCGAGACGGCAUUCCUCCCACGGAAUUCCGCAGCAUCGCGAAAGAACAGAUCAUGAGGUAUGGUACAGUGGAUUUCAUCAAUGCAGAGAUUGUGGGCAUGCACAAGGCAAGCAUGGAGGGCGAAGGCUCCAUGGAGACGUUCCAGGUCACGGCGAGUGAUGGGCGACGUUGGACCGGGCGAAAAUUGGCCUUGGCGAUGGGGUCUGUCGAGGUGUUCCCGGACAUCGAGGGCUACAAGGAGAAUUGGCCUGAGAACAUUUUCCAAUGUUUCUUCUGCGACGGCGAUGAACGAUCCCAUCUCCCCGGUGGCAUACUGACAUUCCCCAACCCGAUGUAUGCGCAUAUGGCGCAGAUGAUGCACCUACUUGUUACCGAGACCUCGGGCCCAGUGACAGUCUUCACUGACGGACCUGUACCGGACAAUGAGGCUAUGAGUGCAGCAAUGCAGAAGAUUGAAGCGCUCAAGUGCAAGGUAGAGACUGGGAAGAUCAUUCGCCUAGUUCCCGCGACGGGACCCGACGUGGGUGUCACAGUCGUUAUAGAGGGCGGGAAAGAGUACAAGAUGGGGUAUCUGGGACACAAACCACACACGGUUGUCGCCGGAGCUGAUAUGGUAAGGAAGCUGGGCGUCGAGAUUGAGGAUCACCCGAUUAUGGGGCAGAAUAUCAAAGUGGUUGACCCUCUGUGCUCAACCAAUGUCAGGGGCGUCUUCGUUGCCGGUGAUGCUGGCACCCCGAUGAAGGCAGUCGCCAACGCUAUCGGCAGUGGAGCGACUGUCGCGGCCGGCAUUGUGCAGCAGUUGAUCGCGGAGGACAUGGAGAUUCUUCUGGCGAAGAAAAGUUCCGCAUGA